GAAUUUCAGGCUACCCGGCUGUCAGGUGUAUGAAAAAUAAAGAACUGAAAUUUCGAGUUAAGCAAAUUCAAGGUCCUGUUCAAAAUCAGCUGAUGCAUUCAUCAGAUGGCCAGGGAUAUAGCCCUUCGGUUCCAGGAUCGUAUUCGCAUCAGACGCCGGCGAAGAUUCCUCCCCAUCAGUCUUCUGGACAGUAUAACUAUAGUGGCUCUCAGAAUGUUUCUCAGUUAAACAAUUAUCAAGGACCUGGGCAGACUCUCAAUAGACCACCAGUGGCACCUUUCUCCAGGUCCCCAGUACAACAGACAGGUCCUGUUCCGCAAGUGCUGCUGCCUGUAUUGCAAAACUCAGCUGCUAUAUCAUCCGCUGGUAGUUUUCCUCCUGGAGCUAGCCCACCAGGGCUUUCAAACUGGCAGUACAGCCAGACUCCUGUGAGUCAGCCAGUUGGGUCUCAAGCUAGCCAUUUGGCUCACGUGACGGGGACAGGGUCAGCUCAGCCACCGUCGUCGUUAUCAGGAAAUACAAAUCCUCCAGGAAGUUACCAAUAUGCUGCUUCUCCGGGAGGUCCUCCGCUUCAGAACAGCUAUGUGAAGCCAGGAUCUGCACCUCCACCAGUGACUCAGCCUUUAACUCCACUCCACCCUCCUGCAAGGCCACCUUUAGGACCCCCGCCAGUUGGUGGUCCACCUUUAAUUAGGCCAUCAACACUGAUAGCAGGGCCACCUAAUACACAGUCUCUGCUAAAUUCAGCUGCAAAUCGAGAAGGUGAUGCUACAUCUGCUGCCAGUGAUGGGUCUGUGGUCCAAAACAGCUAUGAUGCAAUAGAAGGUGGUGGCCUCAUGGCAACUCCGCACCCUUCUCCUGCACCCCCGAAUCUUAAGAUGAAUAGAAGUGUUGGGUAUUCUUACCCUACCUUACCUCCAGGCUACCAAAAUACUUCUCCACCUGGCGCACCAGGAAUGCAAGCAUCUGCUUUGCAAUACCCAGAUGGAUCAAAACAUUUCCACCAGCCUGCCCUGGGCACUAGUCACUUAACUGCAUCUAUGGGUGGCCUGAGUCUACAGCAAGAAGGAUUAAGACCCAUGAAUCUUCUUCAAGAAAGAAAUAUUCUUCCUACAACCCUCUUGAAGGCUCCUGUCCCAAACUUGCAUGAAGACAUCCAGAAGCUCAACUGUAAUCCUGAGUUGUUCCGCUGUACCCUGACUAACAUUCCUCAAACUCAGGCCUUAUUGAAUAAAGCCAAACUUCCUUUGGGGCUCCUGCUUCAUCCUUUCAAAGACUUAUCGCAAUUGCCAGUGGUCACUUCAAGUACUAUUGUGAGAUGCCGUUCCUGCCGGACAUACAUUAACCCUUUUGUCAGCUUUCUAGACCAAAGGAGAUGGAAAUGCAAUUUGUGCUACAGAGUGAAUGAUGUUCCUGAAGAAUUCAUGUAUAAUCCUGUGACAAGAGUUUAUGGAGAACCUCAUAAAAGACCUGAAGUCCAGAAUGCUACUAUUGAGUUUAUGGCUCCGUCUGAAUACAUGCUACGUCCACCUCAACCACCUGUGUACCUCUUUGUGUUUGAUGUCUCUCAUAAUGCAAUAGAGACGGGAUACUUGAAUACAGUCUGCCAGACCUUGUUAGACAAUCUUGACUUGCUUCCUGGGAACACUAGAACAAAAAUAGGCUUCAUAACAUUUGACAGCACAAUCCAUUUCUACAGUCUUCAGGAAGGUCUCUCUCAGCCACAGAUGCUUAUAGUUUCAGAUAUUGAAGAUGUAUUUAUACCAAUGCCAGAAAACUUACUAGUAAAUUUAAAUGAAAAUAAAGAGCUAAUUCAAGAUCUGCUGAGGACCUUGCCACAGAUGUUUACCAAGUCCCUGGAAACUCAGAGUGCUCUGGGGCCUGCAUUACAGGCUGCCUUUAAACUGAUGUCCCCCACUGGAGGUAGAAUCUCUGUCUUCCAGACACAGCUUCCAUCUGUGGGAAUGGGAGCACUAAAGUCACGAGAAGAGCCAAACCAAAGAGCAACCGCAAAGGACAUACAUCUGACACCAUCGACUGAUUUUUACAAGAAGUUAGCCUUGGACUGCUCAGGGCAACAGGUUGCAGUGGAUUUAUUUCUUCUUAGUGGACAAUGUUCUGACUUGGCUUCUCUAGGUUGUAUAUCAAGGUAUUCUGCAGGUAGUGUCUAUUACUACCAGUCUUACCAUCAUAAACACAACCCUGUCCAGGUGGAGAAAUUGCAAAAGGAACUGAAACGAUAUUUAACUAGAAAGAUUGGGUUUGAGGCUGUCAUGAGGAUAAGAUGCACCAAAGGUCUUUCCAUUCAUACUUUCCAUGGGAACUUCUUCGUACGAUCUACAGACUUGUUGUCAUUACCCAAUGUAAAUCCCGAUGCGGGAUAUGCUGUGCAAAUGUCAGUAGAAGAGAGUCUUACCGAUAUGCAAGUUGUUUCUUUUCAGUCAGCUCUCCUGUACACAUCCAGCAAAGGUGAAAGACGAAUUCGUGUCCACACUAUGUGCUUACCUGUUGUAACAACACUGAGUGAUGUCUACCUAGGGGCAGAUGUACAAGCCAUCACUGGGCUGUUAGCCAAUAUGGCUGUGGACCGAUCAGUUUCUGCUACCUUGAGUGAUGCUCGGGAUGCCUUGGUCAAUGCAGUGAUAGAUUCUUUAUCUGCUUACCGUUCAUCAGUCCUAAGCAUUCAACAACCUGGUCUCAUGGCCCCCUACUCCCUACGGCUCUUUCCGCUUUAUGUACUGGCACUCUUAAAACAGAAAGCAUUUCAAACUGGGACGAACGCACAUUUAGAUGAACGCAUUUUUACCAUGUGUCAAGUGAAAAAUCAGCCCCUUGUUUACCUCAUGCUUAUGACACAUCCCAGUCUGUACAGAGUUGAUAAUCUCACAGAUGAGGGAGCUCUUAACAUAAAUGAUAGAACUAUACCUCAGCCACCCAUUCUCCAGCUGUCAGUGGAGAAGUUGAGUAGGGAUGGUGCUUACCUUAUGGAUGCUGGCUCUGUAAUGUUUCUGUGGAUUGGGAAGAACUGCGGGCAGAGCUUUAUCAGCCAAGUCCUUGGAGUUCCAAAUUAUGGCUCAAUACCGCAGAACAUGACACAUCUCCCAGAACUUGAAACUGCAGAAUCCAUCAGAACAAUAGCUUUCAUUUCUUGGCUGAGAGAACAGAGACCUUUCUUUCCUAUACUAUAUAUAAUAAAGGACGACAGUCCAUUGAAAUCAAGUUUUCUGCAAAAUAUGAUUGAAGACAGAACAGAAUCAGCCUUAUCUUACUAUGAAUUCCUCCUUCAUAUACAGCAGCAAGUGAAUAAAUGAAACACUAGCCUUUGGCUCACUUCUUUUGAGGAAAGAUUUUGCAGUAAAGAACAGUUGUGCUUGUAAUAUCUUCAUUAAAUCUGUGGCCUGAGGCAGUUGAUGAGAAGUUCUCACUGUGAUUUCAACAAACUAAAGCAAAUAAAGGACCACAUCUGAGAAUCAAAUGUGCAACUACAUAAUAUUGUACCUUAAAAAAAUCAAACUAUUGGAACUGGUUGAGCACCUUUAAUUUGCUGCAAAUCAUGUUUUUACUGUAAGUAGUUGCAGCAUGAAGUACAUUUACAAAGGCAAUACUGAAAAGGCGAAAUACAUUUUGUAAAAUAAAGAGUUCUUUGUUGUUCAAAAUGUAUAUUUCUGUAACUUUGCUUUUUUUUUUUUUGCUGCUAGAUAUAAAACCUCACAACACUGAUCAUGAUUUGCAGGGAAAUUCUUUCUAAGUGCACCCAGUGAUUACAGACAGAACAUCUCAAUGUUCAACUUAAUGCUUAAAGUAGCAAUGAACAACUGUUCAUUGUGAAACGAACAAAUACUUUAUGAAGCGUAGAAUCCAGUGCUUGGAUUGGAUUAUGGCUAAUAGGACUAAAGGUAAGCUUAACCUGGACAAGAUGGCUGAAUUUGUUAAAGCUUUUAAUAAGUCAGUAUUCUAAUUAAAAAAUAGAGUGGGAGGAGCGGGCCCUAUAUGAGACCCAUUUUAAAAAGUCAGUGGCUGAGUCAGCGGCAAAAGUAGACUUAGGUAUAUGGCAAGCUUUGUUUUUCUUCAGUAAAAUAAAUAGUUUUAAUUUCAGUUUGUGAAUGGUGUAGGGAGGGGAAGGGCAAGGAAGGUUAUCUCAGAUUUUUUCGUUUACGUUUAGUAGGCUUUUGGCUCUUGUUUACAUUAACUGAAUGUUAGGCCCCUAAAAUCUAGUGUUUUUCUGAAGCGAGUUUGUAUGACGGCACUUCAAACCUUAUGUUUGGAGACAACAUUGAAUAUUCUGACAUUAAAAUUGGAAAAGAAAUUAUUUUUCCAAAGACAAAAAUAUUAUAUCGUGUUUGAAGAUUUGUUUAUGGUUUGAGACACGCUUGAAGCUUUCAAAAAUUUUUUUUUACUGCAGCUGUGUAAUGAGCCUAGGUCCAAAGCCAGUGUGCACCAAAUAAAAGCUUUAAAUACACCAUAAAUACUCUCAGAUCCCUGCCAGAGCUACAGAUGGAAGUUGACAUUGGACUUGAAGUGAAAAUUUAUAUACAAAAAUAUUUAAAUCAUAUUAUAAAGGUGUAUUGAUAAUUGUUCUGUUUUGGAGAUUAAGCUAUCAUUGAUAGCUACCAAGGUAAAGAUUAUUUAAGUUACUGUAUCCCUAUGCCUGUGGAAGUGUUUCAUACGGAAAAAUCUUGGUUUGCUUUUUUGUUUAAUAGUGGUAAACGUAAAGGUCUUGCAAAACCUACUUCCUGGGGCAAGUAACUUGAACAGGUGAAACACUUAUAAGUGGUCAAACAUGUACUGUGAUUAGGCUAGAUAACUUACAUUUUGUGAUACAAAUGUCAAAGGACAUCAUAGGGUAAUCAUUUGCUACCAUUUCAGGCUGUAGCUGCACGUGAUUGUCAGGAGUUGCCUUACUUCAGGGGAGGAGUUUCUUUGGGGAAAUUGUCCUUGUUGCUUGAGCACAAGAAGCUAAAGUUCAGAACAACGUCUAAAAUAGCAUGAAAAGACUAUUACAGAACCAAUUUAAGCUUCCCUGUCUGCUGUCUCCAUAGCAAACAGUAUAUUUACUUGAACAGCUUUUCAGAGAAUUGCACAGUUUCUAGUCAUAGUGAAGAGGGUUUUUUAAGUUUUGACAGUCUGAUUUUCAUCCAGGGGAAAGGGGUCUCUUCAUUUAAAUCAUAAAUGGAAGCUAUGCACUUGCAUAGGUUAUGACUUAAAACUUGUGUUUUGGAUAUAUUAUCACUCAGAUGUUGAAAAUCAUCCUUGCAUCUAACAGCCCACCCAAAGUCUGUUUCUUACUAUGACUGUAUUUUGCUACUAUAUCCCUUAUUUUUUUUAAAAACAUAAAUGUUGGAGAUGGCUUCAUUGCUUUAUGUACACCAGACUAAUGGCUAAAGAUGUCAGUCUUUGUGGCAAUUAACAACUUUGAAUUGGAGUCCCUAAGUUUUACAGAGCAAAAUAUUAUAAACAAGAAUCAGAUGAACCCUCUUGGAGUUCUCUUCACUUUGGAAGAAAUUCUGUAUUGAACUUCGUUAGUUUAUUCCCUCGCAGUGGGAAAAGCCUGCUGGUUCACCUUGUAUUGCUGUAAGGGCAAUACAGGACAGAUGAACACACAAACUACCUAUGAUGUGUCAUUUUUACCUACAACUGAAAAGUGAGGACGCUGAAGAUGAACUGCAAAAAAUAGGCAAGAGUGGCUCUGGUACUUAGAUCCCAGCACGACAACUCUACCACUGCAAAUGUACUCUAUUUUUCUAGUUGAAGACUUUUUUUUUUUAAACUAUUUCUGUAUUUGACACAUUAGUGUUCAGCCAACAUUGUUACCAUCCAUUUUACUUUGCUUUCAUUAUUGUUUUUAAUUUAAUAUAUUUGAGUCUAAGUCCACAUAGACUGUGCUGCAAUAACUAGAAUGAUUCACUUUUAUUUAGAAAUAGUUUCUUAACAGAAUUUAAUCAAAGAUGCAGAAUGGCUGUUAAAUAAGGGACCAUUAAAUGUGAUUUUAAGGUUCUGUUUACUAUUAUGGAUGUAAUCCUUAUAUAGUAAAUUUAAUUUUGUAAAGUAGUGUAUAAUAUUGUAAUAUUAAAUCUUUGUUUUCUGAACUCAAACAUUUGAUCUUUAGUAUGAAGUUAUAAAUCUUCCCCCUUCUGAAUUUGAGACAGGAUUUACUUGUCCUCCUUUUUACAGUUUGUAAUUUUCACUGUUUUAUUCCUGUAAAAAGUCAUUUGUAACACAUGCAAAUGCUUAUUUUAUCUGUGCUAAUUUAUCAGAUUUGGCUACUCAAUAAAAUUAAUUGAAAACUC